GCUCUCUCUUCAUCAAUUUUUCAACAUCCCACCACCUCUAUAUUAAUGCCUACGUGCCUAAUACAUCCUCUCGCAGUACUUGUUACACAUAAUUCAACCAAAAUGCCGUCGAUGCCAUUCUACUACCUUUUAUCCACCGCCAUCCUCUCCUCUCUCCUCCUCCUGUCCUCCGCUCAGCAACCAACCUCACCCCCAGCAGCGUCUCAGCUACCUUCCAUUACAUGCAAGUCCACUCCUUACCCCAAACUCUGCCGCUCCAUCCUGUCUGCCUUCAAAUCUUCCCCCUCCGACCCCUACCACUAUGGCAAGUUCACCGUCAAGCAAUGCCUCAAGCAGGCCCGUAAACUCUCCAUCAUCAUAAACCACUACCUCGCUGGCAAACGCGCCGCAGCCUUGUCCCCUAUGGAAGCACUGGCAAUGCAGGACUGUGGCCAGCUGGCCGAGCUCAAUGUUGACUAUUUAGAGAAGAUCUCCAUGGAGCUGAAGGGGGCAAAGGACAUGACUGGCGAGUUGGCGGACAGAGUCACGAGUCUGCUCAGCGGAGUGGUUACAAACCAGCAGACAUGCUACGACGGGCUGGUGGAAGCCAAGAGUGGGUUCGCGGGUGCGUUGGCUGAGCCGCUGGGCAACAUGACUCGGUUGUACAGUGUGUCUCUUGCGUUAGUGAGUCAUGCACUGGACCGGAAAUUGGAGAAGAGCAACCAUGGUUUUUUAAGUAAACCGAGUGCGGUUCGUGAACCGCUCGACACUCUAAUCAGGGCUCUUCGGAAGUCAUCCGGCCGGGGUAACACUGUCGAAAGGACGCUUUCUGAAUUACAAGGCAACGGAAUUCUUAUAAACAACACUGUUAACGUUAGCCCCAAUGGCACCGACACGUUCACGAACAUCAGCGACGCCAUUGCGAUCGCACCGAGAAAUUUGAAGCCUGACAAUGGUUACUUCGUUGUUUAUGUUAGACAAGGGUACUACGAGGAGUACGUUGUGGUGCCAAAGAACAAGAACAACAUUUUGCUCAUCGGAGAUGGGAUCAAUAAGACUAUCAUUACCGGAAGUCAUAAUAGAGCCGAUAAUUGGACCACCUACAAUUCCUCAACCUUUGCUGUUUCCGGUGAGAGAUUUGUAGCGGUUGAUAUUACGUUCAGGAACACAGCUGGGCCGGAGAAGCACCAGGCAGUGGCCGUGAGGAACAGUGCCGACUUCUCCACCUUCUACCGCUGCAGUUUCGAAGGAUAUCAAGACACCCUGUACGUCCACUCCCUUCGCCAAUUCUACCGGGACUGCGACAUCUAUGGAACGGUCGACUUCAUCUUCGGAAACGCUGCUGCAGUGUUCCAGAACUGCAACUUAUACGCUCGAAAGCCCCUUCCAGAUCAGAAAAACGCAUUCACGGCACAGGGCAGAACUGACCCCAAUCAGAACACCGGAAUUUCAAUCCAAAACUGCAGGAUCGAGGCUGCACCUGACUUGGCUGUGAACUUGAGCUCCACACCAAGUUACUUGGGUCGGCCGUGGAAGGCGUACUCGAGGACGGUGGUCAUGCAGUCGUAUAUCGGCGAAGUGAUCCAUCCGGCAGGGUGGCUGGAGUGGAACGGGACGCAGGGACUGGACACGUUGUAUUACGGGGAGUUUGCGAAUUACGGGCCGGGGGCAUAUACGAGCAAGAGAGUGCAGUGGCCGGGGUUUAGCUUGAUGGAUGCUACGCAGGCUGUGAAUUUUACUGUGUUGAAUUUCACCAUGGGAGAUACUUGGUUGCCUGAUACAGAUAUCCCCUUUUCAGGAGGAUUGUUCUAACUUCUAAAGCGACCAAAUUGUAGUUAGGAGGGAAGGGAAAAGGAAUAGAGAGUAACAAUAUUUGAUUUCCGGUGGAAAAUGAAAAGAAAUGACCAUUUUCAAUUUCCAUGUUUGGUAUAGAUAUAUGCAAGAUUAGGUAAAUUUAGGUAAAUUUACAUUUU